AUGCCGUCCGCAGUCGAGAUAUUUGUGCCCACGGAAAUUCUCCUCCAGGUCGUCGCCGUGCUCGAUCGAAGCCUGAAGGGCAAAAAACGGCAAGACACGCUGUACAACCUGUGUCUGGUCUCGCAUCAAUGGUAUUCGGCGGCACUGUCAUUUCUUUACGCACGACCAAAGCUUGAUGCUGGAAACACGUAUCAGAGAUUCACGGCUUCCAUGUGUCCCCCAGCAGGUAGCUCCAAGAAAAGCAAAGGCCUAGGAGGACUGGUACGCCGGCUCGACCUGAGUCGAUUAGUCCACCACAGCUCCAAUAGUAUGACGGCCAGACUCAUAGGCCGGGUCAAGGAGAAUUUGGAAGUAUUUAUCGCUCCGGCAGCAGGGUUUUCCGUCAACUGCCUUUCGCCGCUUUCCAAAUGCACGAAAUUGCGAUAUUUGGAUCUAUCACUAGUCAACGAACCGAUCGCAUUCGAGAGUAUCCUCAAAACACUCAGAUUUAUGGAACAACUGCUCAACUUCCGCACCCCGCGCUUCAUGCGCAUCAGCCGCAAAGGCAUGAAAGAGGAGGACCGCAAGUGGCCAUCCAACCUACGCACACUGCAGCUCGGCGGCUCCAUGGACGCAAAAAUGCACACAUUCCCAUGGCCCGAAAACAUCUCCUCGCUGUGCUUGAAACACUGCAUGAAUCUUUCGCUCAACACCAUGACGGGCAUCCUAAGCAACCGCUUAUUAGGGCAGAACCUGAAGCGGCUGACUAUUUCCACCUACAACCGCGGCCUGCAGCCCGAAUGCAUUCAUCUGAUCCCUGCAUAUCUCACAAAUCUCCUCUUUCUCAGCAUCCCGGGCGAUCUCGUCCAGGAUAUCUUUUUCACGCUCAUCCAGGUGCAAAAGUGCGAAUUGGCGCUUGAGGUGGUUGAAUUCGGGCAUACGCAUACGAGCGAGAAGCUCGAUUUCUCCAUCCAAUCCAUCAUCGACACACUGGAUUCAGGGCUACCAAAUCUCCGCGCUGUCGGCUUUCACACUAUGUACGGCGAGUAUAUUGACCUCGACGACGCACUUCUCGAGCAUGCUGAGGAUAGGGGCGAGGACCUGCAAAUCUCGGAUGAAACGGUCGAAUUUGAUGCUGGCACAUAUUACUUCGACUAA